AAGGUAAAGCCACCCUCUUUUUCCCGUAUUUCUUCUCUCCGUCUACUCCAGAGUAGAAGAAAGCAAAGCAAAGCAACGCGAAGCGAAGCAGAGAAACUCUCAACUCUCUCUCUCAACUCUGUGAGGGUACAUGCAGUAGAUGCUCUUUGGAAUCCCUGACUCAUCUCGACUCGGCCGAGUACCGACUCCAGUCCGUCAGCGGUCAGCCCAUCCACCUAGCUCAUGGCGAAUAACCAUCCCUCCUCCGAGGCCACCACCAACGACGACUUCCUCGACCAAAUUCUCGGCAUACAGACCUUCGGUUCGGCCGACACCGGAGGCUUGCAUGCACCCGAUGGAGGCUUGUCUGCCGGCGGUGCGCCUCCGCCGAUGAUGCUGCAGCUCAACUCUGGCGACGUCUCCGGCGGGUUCCACGGGCAGGUUUUUCCGUUGGGGCUGAGCUUGGACCAGGGAAAGGGAGGGUUUCUGAAGCCCGAGGAGGCCUCUGGGAGUGGCAAACGCUUUCGCGACGACCUCGUUGAUGGUAGAGCUUCUUCUAUGAAAAACGUUUUCCAUGGCCAACCAAUGCCCACGACGGUUGCUGCAGCACCACAUCCACCAACAAUGCGCCCAAGGGUGCGGGCCAGACGAGGUCAGGCCACAGAUCCACACAGCAUAGCUGAGCGGUUGCGGAGAGAAAGAAUAGCAGAAAGAGUCAGAGCAUUGCAGGAACUGGUUCCUAGCGUCAACAAGACGGAUAGAGCUGCCAUGCUUGAUGAAAUUGUGGAUUAUGUGAAGUUUCUAAGGCUUCAAGUCAAGGUUUUGAGCAUGAGUAGGCUGGGCGGAGCCGGUGCAGUGGCACCACUUGUAACAGACAUUCCACUAUCAUCAGUUGAGGAGGAAGGCAGUGAUGGCGGACGAAACCAACCAGCGUGGGAAAAGUGGUCUAAUGAUGGGACCGAACGUCAAGUAGCUAAGCUUAUGGAAGAAAACGUCGGGGCUGCCAUGCAGUUCCUUCAGUCGAAGGCUCUUUGCAUCAUGCCAAUCUCAUUGGCAUCAGCCAUUUACCAAACACAGCCAUCAGACACCUCUAGCAUUGUCAAGCCAGAAAGCAAUCCCCCUCCAUAGACCUCCCGUGAGAGGAUAAACUGCUUCGCCCAUGGUCCUAUCAGAAACUCAUUAUAUUCCUCGGUCUCUCUACCUUAUUAUAUACAUGUCACUUUCAACCCCCACAAAAUUUAGUUGCUCACUCGGUUCAAAUUGCAAUCAAAGUCAGAUGCCAUGGUUCUUGCUUAUUUUCCUGUCUUUUUAGCUUUUGUCAAAACAGGUUUUGAUGUCAAUAGCCUAAAAAAUGCAAGCCGGCCCCUUAAAGUCGUGCCCAGCUCCAAGUAAAGGUGAAGAAUCGUCAAAGCUUACUUGAUGUGCUCCCCUUUUUUUUCUUUGUAGCAGUGGUGGGGGGUGAUGGUGGAAAAUGAUGGAAGCACUUUCGUAGUGGGGGCUCUCAUUUUUUUUGGGUAGUGGCUUGUGGGGUCCUUCCAAGAAGGAUAGAGUAUGUUUCAUUUGUAUAAUCUUUAACUCGUAUAAAGCGUUGGAUUGAUAUGACAUGUUUCACGCGCACUCACUUUCUA